CAACCCAUGCCCACAUGUAUUUUCCCUCUCACAAAAAGAAAGCCUAUAACUUCUCUUCCUAUCUCCCAAAAACCAAAAGAAGGAUAAAACAAUUUGCCAUUUUUUUCUCCAUUUUCAAUCAAAUCAAAUUUGUGAUUUUUUUUCUCUUCAAGAACACUCGCCUCGUCGAUUCUUCCCCUCGUUCCUUAAAUGGAUGGUGAUGGCCAAUUAUUAGUUCCACAAGGGCUAACACAAGAAGAAUUUGCAGAAUUGGAACCAUUGAUUCGAAAUUACCAUACCUUUGAGGAUUUACCAAACACUUGUACUUCUCUUGUGACGCAGCGCAUAGACGCGCCCGUCGAUGUCGUGUGGCCAUUUGUCCGUCGUUUUGAUAAUCCCGAGAAGUAUAAGCACUUCAUCAAAAGUUGCAGGAUCGUGUCAGGUGAUGGCGGAGUUGGCAGCAUAAGAGAAGUCACAGUUGUGUCAGGAAUACCUGCAUCUACAAGUACAGAACGUCUAGAAAUAUUAGAUGAUGAAAAACAUAUUUUAAGUUUUCGAGUUGUUGGAGGUGAACAUAGAUUGACAAAUUAUAAAUCAGUUACAUCAGUAAAUGAAUUCAGCAAAAAUGGAAAAAAUUAUACUAUAGUUUUGGAAUCAUAUAUUGUUGAUAUUCCAGAAGGGAAUACUGGUGAAGAUACAAAAAUGUUUACUGAUACUGUUGUGAAAUUGAAUCUACAAAAACUUGCUUUAGUGGCAAUGUCUGCUAUGCAUGGGCACGAAUAAUUAAUAGCAAUAAAUAGAGGAUUCAAGAUUUGAAUUUGCUUGUUUUGUUAUUUUUUUUUAUUAAUAAGUAUGGUGUUUGGGGCGAAAUUUUCUUCCAUUCAUCAGGAUAGGUAUCAAAUAAGAUUUGACAAUUUUUAUGUAU